AAGGGGGGCGUUGAGCCUGCGGGGCGCUAGCUGCCUCGAGGGGUCCCUGUGCGGGCUUGGUGGUGGCUCUGCCUCCUUCCCCAGGGCCCCUGGCCAGACAGACGGACGACCCCCAGCUCCGCCUCCCCUUGGGGCUGCAGGUCCCAGGGGUUCCCAGACUUUCCCCCCUGAGGCCCACCCGUGCAGCUGCAAUAGGCUCUGUGGCCCACUGGGAGCAUGCAAUGGGCGUGCUGGGACCAGGGCCGGCGAGAGGCUGAAGGGGCCAGGCAGGUGCCACAGCCAGCCCCCGCCGACACCCUCUGCCUCAGUAGCCCCCCGAGUGCCUCCUGGCAGCCCUGCCCCCGUCGCCCACCCAGCACCCUAGCACGCCUCACAGGCACCCGCUGCCCAGGAACGAGGGGAAGCUCACAUUGCUGCGUGACACCAAGACAGAUGGCAGCUUCCUGGUGCACCACUUCCUCUCCUUUUAUCUCAAAGGGAGUCAGUCUGACUGCAGCAAAAGAGCGGGGACAGCUUGUGUUCUUGGAAGGCCUGAAAUCCUGCUUUGACGUCUUGUUUGGUGAGGAGCAGCGUGUGGGGCAGCCCAAUCCCCUUCAGUUUAUAAGCGAAGAUGGCUCCAACCUGAAAACCAUGUAUGAGUUUGUCCGGACAUCCCUGAUGGCCUCUGGUAGCGAUUCCUGGAAAUGCCCCGUGUUGCUGGUGGAUGAUCUCAGCGUUCUGCUCAGCCUGGGUGUGAGGCCGGUUGAUGUUUUGGACUUCAUCCAUUACUGCAGAGUUGCAGUGUGUUCCCAGUUACAGGGGAACAUAGUGGUGCUAGUGCACAGCAGUGAUGAUUCAGAAGAUGAGGAGAAUGAACUGGUCGUGAAUUCCCUCUGUCACCAGAGCAACUUGAUCCUUUGGGCAGAGGGGCUGGCUACUGGCUUCUGUAAAGAUGUUCAUGGACAGUUAAAGAUCAUUCAGAAGGGGUCAUCCGAGCUGAAAGCAGAGAGGAAUCUCUUCCGAAUCUACCAGUAUAAAAUUCAGGACAAGAAUGUCACAUUUUUUGCCAGAGGAAUGUCAGUAGCUGUGUUGUGAAUUCCAAGGCACAAUUCAGUGCAGGACUUGAGGCCAAGGGGAAAGUGGUGCUUGAUACCUGGGAAAAAACAGGAGAUGCCAGCAAUACAGCCUGGGUAUUUUUUCAGCAGUUUCCAGGGCUAAUCCAGUAAAUGUGGUGUGAGCAGGAUUUGCAUUGGCACUAAGUAGCAUUUAAAACCCAGUCCUGCAGGGAACUCUGUGCAGGUGGAGGGAUCUGCCUGAGCUGAGCUUAUUGCAGGUUCGGGGCCUAAAUCAGUUCCCCUCCCUUUACUGUCCAGCAGCAUUCCACUGUAAUAUACAAAGGGUUCGAAUUGCAAAGAAGAGCAAAAUGUAAUGAAUUUUAAAUAUAACUAACAAACAGGCAGCUGCCAUCUUGAUAGUCUGA